UUUGUGGGGAUUUGGCAGCAAUUUUGGGGAUUUGGGGGGAAUUUUGGGGGAUUUAGGAGGGUUAGGAAGAUCCUGGAAAAUUUUGGGGAGAUUCUGGGUGGGUUUGGGAGGAUUUUGGGGGUCUUGAGGGUUUUUUUUAGGCGAUUUUAAGGAAUUUUGACCAAAUUUUUGGGGUUUUGGGGGUCCCCAAUGCCCCCUCCCAGAGCCCCCCUCCCCGAAUUGUGGCGCUGCUGCACCAGGACCUGCACCCCCCCCCAGUUUUGGGGGCUCUCGGGGGUCUCGCCCGGGCCCAGCUGAUCCUGGGGGGGCCCCCCGAGACCCCCGGAGCCCCCCGGAGGCUGAGGCUGCUCAGGGACCCCCAGAAAGGGGGGGGACCCCUCCAGGAGACCCUCACCCUCCUCCCCGACGGUUCCUUGGGGGGGCCCCCCCAGCCCGACCCCCCCCCGACCCUUGGGGGACCCCUCCCCAAAUUGGGGAGAGCCCAAAAAGCCCCAAAACUCCCCAAAUUUGGGGGUGACCCCCGUGACCUUCCGCCUGGGGCUGUCGGGGGGCCGAGCGGGGGGCGAGGGCGGCCCUGACCCCCCCGUACCUGCCCAGGCUGGAGCCCGAGGCGCCCCCCGAGGACCCCGAGGACCCCGACGAGGACCUGGAGCUGUGACCCCCCCCGGGAGCCCCAAAUUUGGGGGGAAAAGCCCCAAAAACGGGACCCGAAUAAAGGAGCUGCCCCUCCCCCACCCGCCCUGGUCCUUUCGGGGCAAAAUCCCAAAAUUUGGGGGGAAAAAUUCCAAAUGUAGGGCAAAAAAAUUCCCAAAUUUAGGGGGAAAAAAUUUCCCAAUUUUAGGGAAACAGAAUCCCAAAGUUUUGGGGGAAAAAAUUCCCAAUUUUAGGGGAAAAAAAAAUCCCAAUUUUAGUGGUGAAAAUCCCAAAGUUUGGGAAAAAAAUCCCAAAUUUAGGGGGAAAAAAAUCCCAAAUUUAGGGGUGAAAAUCCCAGAUUUUUUGGGGGGAAAAAAAUCCCAAUUUUAGGGCAAAAAAAUCCCAAUUUUAGAAGAAAAAAAUCCCAAAGUUUGGGGGAAAAAAUUCCCAAUUUUAGGGGGAGAAAAAUCCCAAAUUUAGGGAAAGACAAAUCCCAAAUUUUGGGGAACAAAUACCAAUUUUAGGGGAAAAAAAUCCUCAGAUUUUGGGUGGGGGAUCCCCCAGGUUUAGGCGGGAAAUCCCCAAUUUUUGGCGGGAAAACCUCAGACUUUGGGAGGGGAAAUCCCAAAUUUUUGGGGGAAAAAUCCCCAAAUUUUGGGGGUGGGGGCCUCAGGGGGUUGGGAGGUGGGCGGGGCUUCAAGAGGAGACCACGCCUCUCAUUUAAAUAUAACAAACCACGUGUUUUACAGUAGGAACCACGCCCCUUAAUUUGCAUAAGUGAAAUAUCUGUGGUCCACACUGUUGCUCCCCUUCAUUUACAUAAAUUUGCAUAAAAGAAGAAGUUGGCUGUGACCCUUUUGGUAAGCCACGCCCCUUAUUUACAUAAUUCAAUCAUAACUAUUUGACAUUAAUUAUCUUUAAUAAUGAAAACCACGCCCCUUAAUUUGCAUAAGCGACCGGUCAAUCUCUCCCCGUGCAUUCAUUCCAGUAGCAGAAACCCCGCCCCUAAUUUACAUACACGCUGUCAAUCAUUUCAGCCUGAGCCGAUCCCAACGGCAGAAACCACGCCCCUAAUUUACAUACGCGCUGUCAAUCAUGUCAGCCCGAACUGCUCCCAACGGCACAAGCCACGCCCCCUUCAUUUCCAUAACGGCGCUGUCAAUCACUGUCCGCUCGCUAUAGCAACGCGACCGCGCCGCUCAUUUACAUAGCCCCGCCCCUCAGCCCCACCCCUUCCAUUCUCCUCAUUUAAGCUCCGCCCCCUCCAUUCAUGCACAUGGUACUGUGGCCACGCCUCCCUCGUGCGUAGCCCCGUCCCCCGUGCGUGCCCCGGAAGCGCUGCUGCCGGAAGUGCCCCGGGGCGAUGGCGGCCAUGGCGGCGGCCGCGGCGGAGCCCCGGUGAGGGCCCGGAGCCCCCGAGCGCGCCCGGGGCCGCCCCCGGCAGCGCCUCCCUGGCCGGGGGGGGCCGCAGCGGCGGCGGCGGGGCCGCGGCGAAGCUGGCGGAGCUGGGGCGCGGGGCGGCCGGGGCCGGUACCGGCGCCGGUACCGGGAUGAUGCGGAGCCAGUGCCUGCUCGGCCUCCGCUCCUUCGUGGCCUUCGCCGCCAAACUCUGGAGCUUCGUGCUCUACCUGCUGCGGAGGCAGGUCCGCACCGUGAUCCAGUACCAGACCGUGCGCUACGACGUGCUGCUGUCCCCCAUCUCCAGGAACCGCCUGAACCAGGUGAAGAGGAAGAUCCUGGUGCUGGACCUGGACGAGACCCUGAUCCACUCCCACCACGACGGCGUCCUGCGGCCCACGGUGCGGCCCGGGACCCCCCCCGACUUCAUCCUCAAGGUGGUGAUCGACAAACACCCCGUGAGGUUCUUCGUGCACAAACGGCCCCACGUGGAUUUCUUCCUGGAGGUGGUGAGCCAGUGGUACGAGCUGGUGGUGUUCACGGCCAGCAUGGAGAUCUACGGCUGCGCCGGCGACAAGCUGGACAACAACCGCAGCAUCCUCAACCGCCGCUACUACCGACAGCACUGCACGCUGGAGCUGGGCAGUUACAUCAAGGACCUGUCGGUGGUGCACAGCGACCUGUCCAGCAUCGUCAUCCUGGACAACUCCCCCGGCGCCUACCGCAGCCACCCAGACAACGCCAUCCCCAUCAAGUCGUGGUUCAGUGACCCCGGGGACACGGCCCUGCUGAACCUGCUGCCCAUGCUGGACGCGCUCAGGUUCACGGCCCGACGUUCGCUCCGUGCUGAGCCGCAACCUCCUGUGGUGACCCCGGAGCCCCCCGGGACCCCCGGGACCCCCCCCCGGGGACCCCCCGGGACCCCCGGACGGGACCCCCGGACCCCUCCCCCACCUUGGGGGGGACACAGCCGGGGGCGCCCCUCCCCCCACGGGGACAACGCCAGCACCGAGGGGACCCCGGGACCCCCGGGAUGA